AUGUGCGCACGCUUCCGGCAAACCGGUACUGCAUCUGAACACGCUAUAAUUCAGGAUACGCAAUCUGCGAGAGUUGGUGUCGAGCCCAGUGAUCCCGUCACGCUUAACCUCACCACCGUCCUCCUCAAUGCCCUCAUGUCUCUUCUUCGCGUACUCCGGGCCAAUCUCGAGCCCCUUGCUGCCGGGAUAUUGGCCACACUGAGCAUGUCAAGUGAGCGGGUUUACUGUUUCACAGCUGCUCGAGGAGAACAAGGCCUUCACAAUAAGCUUGGAGGAAUCCAAGAGUGCCUUUUGGCUGCGGGUGAGGUUGCCAGUAUUGACUCCGACAAGGGCGCCCAGAGCAAGAGGCAGGAUGCUGGCAAGGGCGAGAAGAGAAGGUUGCGGGUUCGCAACCUCCUCAUUGGUUAA